AUGGCUCGGGGUAAAGGGAGAGGAAGGGGACGGGGGAGACCUCCAGCUAUUGUGGAACCGCCGUCGCCGAAAACUCCACCGGCAACUCAGAGUGAGGAACUGGUGUCACCUAUUGCACACUCCGAUACUGCGAAUCAUGAUGAGAAUUGUAGUGCACAAAAGCAGAGCAGGGAAGGUGAAAGAGUGAACAAGCCUGAAACCCUAAUUCCUCCGGUUGAAGGUGAGACUCGGAAGCUUUGGGUUGAUGUUCUCAGCAACAAUCAGAAACCAGGUAACGGCUUAGCUCUUGAUUUCAUUGCGCCGAAAGUGAUUAAUGGGGAAAUUGUUGUAGAAAUUGAGAAAUCGGAUAUUGAAUCUGUAAUUCGAUAUUGGGAAAGUGCGUUAAUCAUGUAUGUGUUGGGAGGGGAUCUAAGUAUGAACAUGGUUAAGCAGUUUAUGACGAAGAAUUGGAAUACUGUGAAAUUGCCGGAUCUACUCUACCAUAAUGAUGGCUACUUCCUAAUGAAGUUCAAAUCGUUUAAGGAGAAAGAGGAGAUUCUGAUGAAUGGUUCGUAUAUGAUCAAGAACAUGCCUAUGAUUCUCAGGGAUUGGAAACCGAAUUUCAGCAUGAAGAAUGAUAUGCUUCGCACCAUUCCCCUGUGGGUGAAGUUCCCUCAACUGCUAUUGGAACUAUGGGGUGCUAGCAGUCUGCAGAAGAUUGGGAGUGCUAUUGGUAGACCUGUGGUGACUGAUGAGUGCACUGCCCACAAAUUGCGUGUUUCCUAUGCCAGGCUCUUAGUGGAAAUUGAUGCUACACAAGAAGCUCCAACUUCAAUCACGAUUCAGAACUCAGAGGGAGAGAAAGUGAACCAACCAAUAGAGUAUGAAUGGAUGCCAAAAUUCUGGGGAAGAUGUCAGAAAUUUGGUCACAAUUGUGCUACAAGGAUCACCACUACAUGGCAGCCAAAGAAUGUAGCCACCAAAGGAAAGAAUAACACCACAGAUGGAGAGAUCCCAACAGGAGUGGCAAGGGUAAAGAUGUGGUAG